UCAAGGCGUUCCGUCCAAUGCGCGCUCCCGGGUUGGCUCAGGGGUUGUAACCGACUAACGGAAUUAGAACAUUGACAGAGCUCCGGUUUCAUCCAUCUUCUGAAGUUCAGUACGGAGGUUCGGGUUGGAGACGGUUUGGGGUGAUUUGGGUUUGAAAGUUUAGUGUUAACCGAAUAAACAGCCAUGGAGGCUCGUGGAGUUCUCUCCGUUCUGUGCGUCGGUGCGAUGUUUGCCGUGGCGCUCGCACAGCAGACCGACAGACCCAAGUUCUGGGAGUGUCCGGUGGACCUGUUCUUUGUUCUGGACACGUCUGAGAGUGUUGCUCUGAGGGCCAAACCUCCCAACUUCUACAUUGACCAGAUCAAGAGCUUUACUGAACGCUUCAUCAUGGAGCUCAAGGAGAUGCGCCACCCAUGUGACCGGUCCCUGACAUGGAACUCUGGAGCGCUGCACUACUCUGAUGAGAUCAUCUUAGUGCGCCAGCUGAGUGACAUCGCCACCGAGCGCCAGGCGCUCAUCAGUGACAUCAAGGGCAUCAGCUACAUCGGCAAGGGAACACACACUGACUGUGCCAUCAAGAGAGGCAUCGCUGAGCUGCUCAUAGUACCUGUCUAA